CAGUGAACGCAUGGCAGGGGAAAAAAUAUAUAAUUUGCCCCUGGAAUGAAUGGGAGUUGCCCCCUAUCUGAUUCCCAAAGCUGGGCGAUAAACGGGUGAAGGAGCGCAUGCAGAACAAAUGAACAGCGCUUCCUUUCAAUGGGAGCAGAAGUGUUAAGACGCAGCAGUGACACCCUCCUGGAAAGAGCAGCAGUCGUAUGCACCCACAGAAAGCACAAAAUAACUAUUGUGGGGGGCAAAUGAUCGAUAUUACAACUGUUACCACGGAAUACAUUCAAAAGAAACAGAUGCGAUUUUUCCCCCCACAUACGGUGCAGCUGGUCCGGCUCCGCUGGGGUGCCGUUAGGAUUGCUGUCGCUUGUGACUCGUUUCACUUUAACCACUGUCACUAGUUCUUUUUAAACACUUCGGAAUCCUGCACGGCUGUGGGAAGGAAUAUCGCUGCUGCGCAACCCGGGAAUGCCAUGUGUCGGGAAGCGGCAUAGAGGCGCAUUGUGGUGCCUUUUCCACCGGGGACAGGUGGUGCUGUGCGCGCCGGCGGGGGGGAGAGAGGGCUGAGGACAUACAACCCCAGAGACAGUUGUCUUAAGGAUGUCACCCCGGCAUACGGGGAUCUGUUCGGGAAAGAGACAGGUGCGAUAGUGACGAGGAGUAGUUUACAAAAGGCACGAGUGGUCGAGGCGACUGUGGAAUUGGGAUUGACGAGGACCCGAAAAAAAAACCCCGUCUUUGAAUCGGCGUGCUGGAUUCUAGCAUAGGGGACGCAAGGAGAUAAGAGCAGCCGAAAGCCGGGCGCACCUUUUCCGAGGCAGUCAGUGUGCCAGUGUCCUGCUGCCAUGACAACCAUGGCCCCUCCCUUCAUGUUUCUCUUUGUACUCAUCCGAUUGGCUAGCGGCACUUUUCCUGAGGAACCGGGACCUCUGCACUCCAUUCCCACAGAGGUGGUCAGGCCUUACCCUGUGUUUCUGGGCAGAGCGCAUCGUUCAUCACAGAGACAGGAGUCACUGCACAUACACAGAGUCCUCAAAGUCAACCGGACCCUGUACGUCGGAGCGAGAGAUGAUCUUUAUCGAGUGGAACUGGACAAUGUGGCUGGAGAUGAGAUGUUCUACAGCAAGAAGAGGACUUGGGAGUCCAACAAGAAUGACAUCAGAAUCUGCAGGAUGAAGGGGAAGCAUGAGGACGAGUGUCGGAACUUCGUGAAGGUGCUGCUGAGCCGGCAAGGCGGCCUCUUCGUCUGCGGGACGAACGCUUUCAACCCCCUGUGCGCUAAUUACACCGGGGACACCUUGGAGAUGGUGGGGGAGACGAUCAGCGGGAUGGCACGAUGUCCCUACGACCCAAAGCACGCCAAUGUGGCUCUUUUUGCUGAUGGAAGCCUGUUCACAGCCACGGUGACGGACUUCCUGGCCAUCGACGCGGUGAUAUAUCGCAGCCUCGGGGAAAGCCCAGCCCUGCGCACAGUCAAACACGACUCCAAGUGGUUCCGGGAGCCCUACUUCGUCAGCGCAGUGGACUGGGGGUCACACAUCUACUUCUUCUUCAGAGAAAUGGCCAUGGAAUAUAACUACCUGGAGAAGGUCAUGGUGUCUCGAGUGGCCCGAGUGUGCAAGGGGGACCUGGGCGGUUCCCAGCGGGUCCUGGAGAAGCAGUGGACCUCCUUCCUAAAGGCACGCCUCAACUGCUCCAUCCCAGGGGACUCGCACUUCUACUUCAACCUGCUGCACUCCACCAGCCCCGUGCUGCGCAUGCAGGGGCGGGAUGUCAUCCUGGCUGUCUUCUCCACUCCGGCCAACAGUAUCCCCGGUUCGGCAGUCUGCGCCUUCGACAUGCAGCAGAUGGCAAGAGUGUUCGAGGGGAGGUUCAAGGAACAGAAGUCCCCCGAGUCCAUCUGGACUCCGGUUCCGGAUGAGCUUGUCCCUAAACCCAGGCCGGGCGGCUGCGCCGUGCAGGGCUCCAGGUUCAACUCCUCCAACUCCUUCCCUGAUGAGAUGCUGAAUUUUGUCAAGACUCAUCCUCUGAUGGAUGAAGCUGUUCCUUCACUGGGCCAGAGGCCUUGGAUAGUGAGGACCAUGGUCAGGUACCAACUGACCAAGAUGGCGGUGGACACGGAGGCCGGGCCUCACAGGAACCGCACCGUCCUCUUCCUGGGCUCUAACAAAGGCACCGUCCUCAAAUUCCUGGUUGUUCCCAGCCGAGACAAUGCAGCGAGCACCAGCAAUAUCUUUCUGGAGGAGCUGGAGGGGUACAACCCCGAAAAGUGCGGCGAUGGCAGCCCACAGGCCCGCCACAUGCUCUCGCUCACCCUGGACCGGCCCAGCCACUCGCUGCUGCUGGCUUUCCCGUCCUGUGUGGUGCGCGUCGCAGUGGCUCGCUGCCAGCUCUACUCCCGUUGCAUGAAGAACUGCAUCGCCUCACGAGACCCCUAUUGUGGCUGGACUCGAGGCAGCACCUGCUCCUUCCUUAGACCUGGGACAAGACUGCCGUUCGAGCAAGAUGUCGAACAUGGGAACACGUCCCACCUGGGGGACUGUGACGGCCUUCUGCAGGAGAGCUUUGUGGAAGAGCCCGAAGGCCUGGUUUCCAUCAACUUGCUUGUCAUCUCUGCAGUGUCGGCGUUCGCCAUUGGGGCGGCGCUGUCGGGCCUAGUGGUGUGCUGGAUCAUGAGCCAUAAGCGCAGGCCCCGCGCUCGAGGUGGAACGGCCGGUUCUGGGGGACGUCGCAAAGCAGACAAGGAGCAGGGCAUGCUGGGACAGGGCGGCAGCGGCUCUGUCAUGAGCGUGACGCGGACCGGGGCAGUCGAGAGGCCCGGUGCGCAGGCCGAGACUUUGUUCGUGAUGCCCAACGGCUGGACCCAAGCUGGGGACAUGGAUCCUGGCCUGCUGCCUACUCCAGAGCAGACCCCCCUGCAGCAGAAACGCCCCACACCGAGCUUGCGGCACUCUGAUUCGGGGUGGGAGCAGAGCCAGACUUUCCUCAAUGCAGCCGGCACCCCCUGCCCGCCUGGCUCCUCCGUGAUCUACCUUAGCACCAAGAUGCUGCAGGGUGGAGGAGGCAGACACGAAGACCCGGGGGAGCCCCCCCAGGGUGCCGAGCGCCAGCAUUACCUCUCGCUGGCUGCACAUCGCGAGCAGGUUGGCCGCUCCGGUGCACCCCUGCGCAAUUCCACGGGUGAGUACUACCCGGCUACGCCCCAGGACUCCCCCGACCGCCGGAGGGUGGUCUCAGCCCCAAACACUCAAAUGGACUUUGGGGAAUCCCUGCGCUGGGCCCCGGAGGGCCUCAACUUUAAUAGCAACAACGGGACUCCCUCAUCCAGCCACCAGCACCCGGGCCCCCGCCUCCCCUCUGGCCUGGUGCGCUCCAGCCUUCACACCCAGCGGGGGCUCAGCGACCUGGCCGACUUCAACCACCUCCUGAGCAAGAACGUGAGGGAGCGGACACCCACGGGCCAGUGAAGGGGUGGGCUCCACCCAGAGUGCCAGGAAACCCCCCCCCCCCCGACCGCCAUCUCCCCUAGCAACCAGAAGACUCCCCAGACUCCUCUCCCCCACCCCCACCCCACCAUGUUCUAUUCCCCCUCACUGUCAUUCAACAUUGUGACACAUAUUGGUGACUGACCCUCUGCAACUGUGAUUCCUGGGUCUGUGAGGUUCUGAGGCGGCUAGGGGGGAGGGGGGGGGGUCACAACUAGCGCCCAACAUGCCACAGGAGGGGGGUGCAAUCCGUGAAGAAUCGGAGAACUGCAUCUGUGACGAUUUAGCACCCUGCUCCAGUCGUGAAAGCUCUCACCGACGGCAGAACUUUUUUCAGGAUGUGAAGCUCGCUUGUGGGCAGCUGCUGUGCCAGCCGGCGCCUGCCCACCUCCCAUGCGGGUAUCAGGCUUACGGACGGGAAACGCCGGCAAGCGCAUGAUGGCCUGUCAUCUCGUGAAAACAUGGAGCUUUCUCAAAGGAAAAAAAGAAAAACGUGCCGUUAUUGGUUCAGCGCAAUAUUCCGUUUUGGAGGCAGCCAAUGGAAGUCGCCACACUCAUUACUGUGUCUUAUAAGUUCUGUACGCUUCUGACUACCAGCAGGGGGCAGGGCAGGCUGAUAUCAGUACCGGGGGCAGAGCAGCAGCAGUCAAUCCAGACAGAAUGAGGACUGAGGGACAGGUUGGGUGGUGGGAAGGAGAGUUGGGGUGUGGGAUGGGGGGGGUCAUAUCUGAGUGGGGUAGUGGGGUGGAAGAUCUCACACAGGACUUGCCUGACCUGCAAAACUCGCAAGACCUGCUGAGACUAAUCACUGAACUCAGAGAUCGCUCUGACAUCAGAGGUUCAAAUUGGGGGGGUGGGGGUUCUACUGGGAACCCCCUCCUGCUGCAUGCCAUGUAAGAAAUAGAGCCUCCUCUCAUCCCAGUGGGGGCUUUUCCUGGCGUGGGGGGUCUUGUCCGAGGGGGGUGACCACACUGUUACUUGAGGCACAUUCUCUGACACUGUGAUUGGAGGCCUGUUCCUGGGUUCAGCUCAGCCAUAGUGUAGGUGUCUCCUCCACACAACUCCGCACCCUCCCACACUGGAAUUGCGGUUAACUAGUUGGAGUGAUUCACAGCUGGGGGGUGGGUCUUCAGUAUUGCCAUUGAAGUGGCCAGAGAGUAGCCCCUGUGUGUGUGGUGGGGGGGGGGGAAUGGGGACAGUGCUGUAGAAAGGGUGGCUGGGCUGUUUUAGUAGAUAAUGGUUGGGUCACCCCCAUUUUGGAUGGCAGUAAAACAAGCAUUAACGUCACGGGAUGCUCUUAAGAAAGGGGGUAGCAGAGGCGGGGGGGGGGG